GCGGGGCGGGUGUUUCCGCGGGGCGGCGAUGGCGGGGAAGGCGGCGGCGGGCGAGCCCCUGGGGCGGACGGCGGAGGAGGCGGCCUGGGCGGACACGCUGCGCGGGGCCUGCGAGCCUGAGCACCACUGGCGGUACCGCCGGGAGUUCCUGCUGCGCAACGUGGGGGAGCUGCCGGCGGCGGGCAGCGCCCAGCUGCAGCGCCUGGUGUCCCUCUCCAUGGUGUGGGCCAACCACGUCUUCCUGGGAUGCCGGUACCCGCCGCAGGUCAUGGAGAGGGCGCUGGAAAUGGCCGAAGGCAUCCAAGUGACCAACGCGCCUGUCCGCACCACGAGAGACGAACUGGUUGCCAAGGUGAAGAAAAGAGGCAUAUCAAGUAGCAAUGAAGGGGUAGAGGAGCCCUGCAAGAGACAAGCUGUGGAGAAAAGCAGAGACUCUAAGGAUGUUGGAAAGGAUGUGAAAACAACGAAGGCAGAAGGAGUGAAGGAAACAGAGAGCAUCUUGCCCAAAAAGCAGGAAAAAGGUACUAGCAAAGAUCCAGAAACUUCCCAGUCAACUUGCAGUUCAGAUCAAGAAAUGGUCAUAGUCUUAGACAGAGAAACAGAAGGAAAACCUGCUAAUGCUGAGAGUACUGCUGAGCAAAAGCCACCUUCAUCUGAAAAAGAGCCAGGAAAGAAGCCUUGCUCAAGCCCACCUAAGGAAAGCAAGUGUGAAAAUGUGCCAUCACCCGAAAAGAAAACUACAGUAAGUGUAGCACCACUGGCUGCCGAGGGCACCCCUCAGGCAGCAGCAGUGGAGGCAGCACUGCCACCAGCUGCCAAGAGCACCCCACAGGCAGCAGCGGUGGCAGCAGCAGUGCCAUCAACCUCCAAGAGCACCCCACAGGCAGCAGCGGUGGCAGCAGCAGUGCCAGUGACCACCAAGAGCACCCCACAGGCAGCAGCAGUGCCACCAACCACCAAGAGCACCCCCCAGACAAGUGCUGCAUUGCUGUCUUCCAAAACCCAGGUGGGUGCCCCAGCAUCGGUGUCCAAGAACGGUGCUCAGAUGAGCAGCUCGCUGCUUCUGGCCCCCAAGAGCGGUGCUCAGGUGGGCACCUCGCUGCUUCUGGCUUCCAAAGGCCCGGCUAAGGUGGGCUCCCCGCUCCUGGCCUCUAAGAGCAGCGCGGAGGUGGCCGCCUCGCUGCUGGCCGCUCGGAGUGGUGCGCAGCCGGGCUCCUCGCUGCUCGCUUCCAAGAGCAGCGCUCAGGUGGCGGCUUCGCUGCUGGCCGCUCGGAGCGGAGCUCAGCAGGGGCCCUCCCGGGGCGGAGCUCAGGCAGGUGCUUCCCUGCUGGCCUCCAAGAGUGGCUCGCAGGCAGCUGAAAGCCCUGCGAAGGCUUUGUGCAAACCCCUAACCAGCGAAGAUGCAAAGGAAAGACAGCCUUUUUUCAACAGACUCUACAAAGCUGUAGCCUGGAAACUGGUUGCUGUUGGAGGCUUCAGUCCUAAUGUAAAUCAUGCAGAACUUCUAAAUUCAUCUAUUCAGUCUGUAAAAGCUACGUUAGAUGUUGCUUUUGUUCCCCUGAAGGAACUUGCAGACUUGCCUCAAAAUAAAAGCUCUCUAGAAAAUAUUGUUUGCGAACUGAGGUGCAAGUCUGUCUACUUGGGUACUGGCUGUGGUAAAAGUAUGGAAAAUGCCAAAGCAGUGGCUUCAAGAGAAGCUUUGAAAUUAUUCCUCAAGAAGAAAGUUAUUGUGAAGAUAUGUAAAAGAAAAUACAAAGGUAGUGAAAUUGAAGAUUUGGUGCUUCUGGAUGAAGAGUCAAAACCUUCAAAUUUGCCUCCAGCUUUAAGAAAUCCUCGUGAGAUCUUGUAGGGGAGAAUCACUGUUUGUACUGUGUAUAGUGUUUCAACACAAGGACUGAAGGUUAAUUUUGUACUUUGAAAAUGUAGGCUUCCAGAUAUUUUGUAUUUCUUUCUCAGUUUUGCAAGACAAUGAUAGUUCUUUCACUUGGUAGCAAUUGUAUAAAACUUGUUAGAGAUGACAAGUGCGCAUUUAAAGGUAUUGCCUUAAUAUACAGCACGCUAGUGUGCUGUUGUAUUUGCAAAAUAGUCUACCUAACUCUUCUAUUUUUAAUUAAAUAUUAAGGUACAAUUUGCUGUUUAAAACCUGACGUUUUUGUAAUUCUUACAAUUUGAUGGUAGUGUGCUCAAUUGUCUACCAUAUCUUUUCUAGGCUUGUAGAAGUGUGUACAUAGGGACCAUAAUACUUGAAUAAUUGAAAGUUGUUUAAAAAUUUCAAUCAAAUUUGAAAUAUAUGUUUCAGGCUUGUUGCUCAUAAUGUUCACUGUUGCUCAUACUAGGAGAGAAAGUAGUUGGUUGGCUAUUUUUAUGGGAUGUUUUCAUAACACUUGCAAUAUAAGUGACGUCCUGAUCCCAUUUAACAUUAUGCUAUCAGGUUAGAGCCCUUUUAAUAUCACAUUGGCAAAUUAGCAAUUAGCAGUCAAGUCACAGCUAUUUCGGCCACCAAAACUGUAAGCAGAUUUAAUUUAUAUGGUGAAGUAUCAUUUACAGUUUUGUUUGGUACUUUUUUUUCCAAAUGAACAUGGAUUUCUAUACUAAGUAUAUUUUGACUGCUACUAGAACAAUAAAACCUCUGCGAUAAGCAUCUAUAGUAUUUUGGUUUUGGCUACUAAGUAUUCCAGCCAUUUCAAUAACAUUGCAACACCUUCAGUAAAGCUUUACAUUGAGUAACUUCAAGGUGUAAUCCCACAAGAAUUAGUUGGUUUCUUUAGAUGUGUAGCUGAAAUACUGUAAAACUAAUAGAGGGGACCUGUAGAAUAUGAAUUUCAACUUUUGUAACACCAAGGUAAGCAAAAUGAAAAUGUUGCUGUCUGCUGGAGGCAGCAAGCAUAUUGUAAAGCAUUCAUUCUAAUCAAGCCCUUCCUUUGCUACAUUUUUACUCCCUGUACAGAAUAGUUUGAGGCAAAGUGGGAGAUUACCUUUUAUUUUCAAUGUUGCUGAAAUACCUGCACAAACUGCAUGUUUUGGUAUAUUGGAUAAUGACAUGUAAUUGUAAAAACAUAAUGUCUUCAGUGCUAUUUUGAAUUAAUCUUGUCCUAUUACAGUAGUUAGCAUCAUUUAGUGGUGUCCUUACACUUGACUGACAGAUCCAUUGAUCAAGUGCUAAAGGAAUGAAUAGGAGUUUCUGGGAUCUCAGUAGUACAUGCGUCCACUUUCAGUUCUUUUGUAAGUUUUGGGACUAAACCACAGUGGUGUUUACGCUGUGCCCUGUGUGCUUUUGAACAGCAGUGGCUGUCCAGUCCAUAGCACCAGAGGCCUGCAAGGCGCUCGCACUUCCCGAUGGCUGGUUGAGAACUUCCUCCUGACCCCUGUGCUUCUGUGCCCUCGGUCGCCCUUCGCCCUAGUUAGAUUUCUCAGGAGUUCCCCCUUGGCGUUCCUGGAGCACCACCUGGCGUUCGGAAUGCAGUGUGCUAAAUUGCGUCUUGGUGCAAGAAUUGGUGUCUGCUUCUAGCGCAGGGCAAGCUCCGUGCUGUGGUUAGGAGCUGUGAUAUUCAUGAUGGGAAGUGUGAGAUCUGUUUUCAAGUCCUUACCCUGUUCAGGUAGACACAGGUAAGGACUGUGCUUGUGAGCCAGGAGUUGCAUCCUGUGCCCUCUGCUGUUAGUUCGGUCAUCUCCGGAUCUCUGGUUCAGAAUUGCAGCACAUGCUGUAAUGUGAAAACCCGUGUUUCUCGUCUGUAAAGCAAAGCUCUCAGUAUUCACUGACCUCAAGGGGCUGUUAGGGCAACUGUGUUAAAAGGCUGAGGUGCUAGAUGCCUUUUUUUAAAAGACCUGACUUAGAAUUACUUUUUAAAAAAUUUUGAAUGUUAUUCCUCUUUGAUGUUUGGUUGUGAAUCAUUAAAGAACAAGUCUGUAGCUACUCUUAACAGAAA